UCUUGGCUAGCUGAGCAAGUCUCCUGGCACUCACCAUGGUUGCUACUUGUCUUUCUGGAAACUGAAGAGAUUCUUCUGUCAGCUUGACCUUGGAAUGCUUUGUCCUGUGGAUGGAGCAAUGGUGUUUGGAGACACUUAGCCAUGGAUUUAUAUCUCAGGGCUGCAACGGGGAAGAGACAAAGGCCAUGAGUUGUGCUGGGGCAAGUGUUUGGCAUGUGCUGGAGCUUGGGUUGGACAUUGCCUAUGCUACCAUACUAACCUGUCUAGCACGAAGACCCAUGUUAAUUGUGAAUCUGCAAUGCCCACUGCAAAAUACAGCUACUUGCAAGUUGCCUGAGUUAGCACAAUGGCUGAUCACUCACUGAUGACCCAAAAUCUGGUCCCAUAGAGAUAUCAUAAAAAUCAUUCAUCACAUUGUCUGCAGCUACUUCCACCAACAUUUCAAACGGAGCACUCAUGGCAUUGCCUCCUACCCACCGCUCUUGCUGAUAGCUACACAUGACCCACACGCAUAUGCACUGCCCUGAGCCCCUCUUCUUUCGACUAUAAAACCAUGGCCUGCUCAACACAAACUUCAUCUCAUCUGCAAGCAAGAUCACCACACCUUCAGACUUUCAGAACCAAAGUGAAAUUUAGUUAGCCAGGAGCACAUCAGACUCAAACAUGAUCCAUCCAAAGAAGCUUGCUCAGCUGGCCAAAAAGUGGCAGAGGAAGGUCGCAGCCAGGGCCGGUGGUCAGCAAGCUGACGAGUGCUGCAGCACAGUCGCUGACAAGGGCUAUUGCGUGGUGUACACCGCCGACGGGGCGCGGUUCGAGGUCCCGCUGGCGUACCUCGGCACGACAGUCUUCGCUGAACUCCUGAGGAUCGCUGGGGAGGAGUUUGGCUUUGCGAGCAGCGAGGGAGGCAGGAUCACGCUGCCCUGCAAUGCCGCAGUUAUGGACUAUGUCUUGUGCCUGGUUAGGAGAGAUGCCUCUGAGGAGGUCGAGAGAGCGUUCUUGAGCUCCAUUGUUGGCCAUUGCCAUGGCCAAGAUGCAUUGAUGGGACCCACCAUCAAUUUGCUCUUUACACGUAGCUUAGCUAGUGAAAAUCUGGAAUUUUUUUGGUCAGAUCUCAAGAAAUUGUACAGUCUGAUAUAAGAUUGUAGUAUCAUAGGAAAUGAAACAUGGUGAAUAUAUCUUUUUCUCUCA